UCAUAGAGACGCCGGAAGCAGUUCCCCUGAGUUUCCUAGCUCGCUAGCUAAUGUUAGCUACAUUUGUACGCUGUCUGUAGAUAGCUAGUCUGUAGAUUUAAGUGCAGUUGAUGUUUACGAAUUUCUAACGGAAGAUAACGAAAUCAAAUAAGAUAUUUAUGUCAUUUGGUGGGACACAGAACGGCGGUCGCCGCAGUAAAUGGGACCAACCAGGUCCAAAUACCAUGGCGGAGAGCGAGGCUGCGCCUACCGGUGCCCUGGAUGCGGCGGCGGCAGUGGCAGCCAAAAUCAACGCCAUGCUGGUGGCCAAGGGUAAACUGAAGCCAUCGCAGAUUGGUGUCCCUGGAGCUCCCGACAAAGUGUCAGGGGCUGGGAAGGCCUUGCCCCCCAUGAAGGCGAAGGAUGAUCUUGUGGUGGCGGAGGUGGAAAUAAAUGACGUCCCCCUCACCUGCCGGAACCUUUUGACCCGUGGUCAGACACAGGACGAGAUCAGUAGAGUGAGUGGAGCUGCAGUGUCCACCAGAGGGCGCUACAUGACCGCGGAGGAGAAGGGCAAGGCUCUGCCUGGCGAUCGCCCCCUCUACCUGCACGUCCAGGGACAGACAAGAGAUCUUGUUGACCGAGCGGUGAACAGGAUUAAGGAAAUCAUCACCAAUGGGGUUGUGAAGGCCGCCACCAGCUCCAGCUCCUCGUACAAUGGAGCCACAGUCACAGUCUACCAUCAGCACGCCCCCCCACCCCCCUCACUGCCUCCCAUGAGCCACAAACCACACUUUCAGUCAGGGGUAAGGAACAUGCACUACGUACAGGAUAAGCUGUUUGUGGGCCUGGAGCAUGCUGUCCCGGGAUUCUCGGUGAAGGAGCGGGUGGAGGGUCCCGGCUGCUCGUACCUGCAACACAUCCAGGCGGAGACGGGCGCCAAAGUCUUCCUCCGGGGCAAGGGCUCCGGCUGCCUCGAACCUGCGUCCGGCCGCGAGGCCUUUGAGCCCAUGUACAUCUACAUCAGUCACCCGAAACCAGAAGGCCUGGCUGCAGCGAAGACGCUGUGUGAAAACCUGCUGCAGACUGUGCACGCAGAGUACUCACGUUUCCUCAGUCAGAUGAGCGCUAUGAUGCCCACGCCAGGGUUUAUCCAGCCCCCUGCUCUGAACGGGAUGCCCCCUCAGCCCCCCUACUACCCCCCUGCAGGGUACCAGCCUGGCUACCCCCCUCCGGUCCCGCCCCCGCAGCCUGUCCCACCCCCCUACACGGUCCCCCCGCCCGUGCUCCAGGGGGCCACGCCCGCGAUGCCUCCUCCCAGCGCACAGUAUCCCAUCGCCCCUGCUCCCGCCACCCUCACACAGGUGCCUCUCCCGGCUCCGUUCCCCCCCUCAGCACCAGUCCAGCCCAAAGCGCUGCCUCCCCCAGGCCCCUCGAACCCGCCCCAGAAGAGACGCUUCACUGAAGAGGUGCCAGACGAGAGGGACAGCGGCCUGUUGGGGUACCAGCAUGGACCCAUUCAUAUGACUAAUUUAGGUGCAGGCUUCUCUGUGGGCAGCUCAGAGAGUUCAGGACCCCCGCCAGCCGGUUCCCUUGCGACUCUACCCCAGAGGGACAGUAGGCAGCUAAUGCCACCACCGCCCAUGCCCAUGAAUGGUGUCCGCCCAAGGACAGAGGAGAGGAGGGUGCUGACUGGCCCUCUGGAACCAGCCGUGAAGCGGAUGAAGACUGGACUUGUGGCCUACACCGGAGACUCGUCGGACGAAGAGGAUGACCACGUGGCGGCAAAGAUGGCCGGGGCAGGUAACGGGGGAGGGGGCUCCUCCAACUGGACGUUGGGGUACCGCUGCCCCCCUCCUCCACCCCCCCGUCCUAAAACACAGGCCCAGCAGCCCAUGCCCUUUUGGAUGGCUCCGUGAGAGGGCCCGUCUCACCUCCACCCGCCCGUUCUGCUACCCCACCACUUGGGUUUUCAUUUUUUAGGCUCGGAGCCACUUUCCAAAAGACAGAUUUUUUGAUGAAGCUUUGUUUUUGAUCAAUGCCUUUAUUUUCAGUGCUGAAAAGGUAGUAUGGGACAUAUGUUUGGUGACUAUUAUAACUCGAUAGGAGUCAGGAAAUCCAGAUUCAUUCAAUGAAAAGACACUGGGGGACUCGUGAAAGCCGAGUUUUGAUCCAUUGUGAAACACAGACUGGACUGGACGGGCACAUAGUGUCUUUACUUGGAAGAGAACAUUUUGUACAUUUCUGUUUAGGAGAGUGUUGCUUGUAAAAGUGAAAAGUUGGAUGAUAUGAUGAACUAGAUAUUAUUCAUAAUGACAUUAGUUUAAAAUAUCCCCGUUAAAAAAAUAAAAAAAAAGCUGAGAGACACUACCUUAGUAGCUUCCUCCCUCCCAAACCCUAUCCUGUGUCCGGGUCUGGAGAGAUGCCCCAAUCCUGUGCACUUGCAUGGGAAUCUGUUCCAACAAGAGCCCUACAACUCACUCCCAUCUCUCUUGCUUUUGUUGAAUAAAUGAACAAUGUUAUUUAUUUGUAUAAUUUCCUGUUGUUUUCCAGUGUGGCAGCGAUUUCUUUUUUUUCUUUUUUUCAAUAUUCCAAAUAUUUGCUUGCAAGUGUAUUUCACUAAUUCUCUUCCAGUGCCUGCAGAUACUACACAGGUUGUCUAAUAAAAGUUUACUUGAUCAUGUUUUUAAAAAUAAAGACCCUUGUGGCUUAUGUGUAACCCUGA